AGGCAUUUGGUAUAUGACUCUUGCCAAAUCUUUUAGGUUAGUUACUAUAGUCUGACUGGUGAGAUCUUGGAUCUUUCCUGAAAAAGACAAAUAGUUGGACGACACUGAAUGUGGGACCAUCUGUGAACUCUUUAAAGUGGAUACCUGCUUUUGGCACUGAGGAUAAUUUAUUUGGACUAUUUUGGAAAUGUAUUCAGGGAGAAAUCUAAGGACUCUUUGCCCCAUCUUGCUGUUUAUUAUCUGUUCUGCUAAGGCAGAGGUGGUCAGAGGCUGUUCUCGACCCUGCUCUUGCCCUCCGUCUCCGCCCUCUUGCCCUGUUGGAGUGAGUUGGGUGUUAGAUGAGUGCGGUUGCUGUAAGGUGUGCGCACAGCAGUUUAACCAAGACUGUGGACCCGACCGGCCCUGCGACCACAUCAAGGGCCUGCGUUGCCAUCUAGGGGCUGGAGGAGACCCUCGACGUGGUCUCUGUAGAGCGGACGCACAGGGACGUCCUUGUGAGUUUGGAGGUCUUAUGUAUCAGCACGGGGAAGACUUUCAACCCAGCUGCCAGCACCAGUGCAGCUGUAUGGACGGUGUGGUGGGCUGUAUGCCCCUCUGCCCGCACCACAUCCUUCUCCCCUCGAGACACUGUGCCAAUCCCCGUCUUGAGACCCCACCAGGUCGGUGUUGUGAGGAGUGGGUUUGUGACGAUGACAACACUAUCAAGGAAGACACACGGGAUAGUCACUCUCAUCACAGCCCAACCAUAAGCAACCACAUAAGCAAACUUAUACAGUCGAAAACAGGCUCCUUACAAGAGGGGGGGUCCUUGCCAGUUUCUCAGGUUCCAUUUCCAUUCCCUAAAUGUUUCCCACAGACCACCGACUGGACAGAAUGCUCCGCCUCCUGUGGGUUUGGCAUCUCAAGUCGUGUGACCAAUAAUAAUGUAGAGUGCAAGCUUGUUAGAGAGACACGCCUUUGUCAGAUCCGGAAAUGUGACGCCCCUCCAGUUCUGAAGAAAGGAAAGAAGUGUCGACAAUCGGUGAGGUCUCGGAAACCAGAGCAGAUUACAUUUGCUGGAUGCACCACAGCCCGACGCUACCGGCCUCGCACGUGCGGCUCCUGUGUGGACGGCAGGUGCUGUCAGCCGUCUUCAUCCCGCACGGUGCGUCUGCGAUUCCUCUGCGCAGACGGAGAGACCAUCACGCGCAACGUCAUGUGGAUCCAGCGCUGCCGUUGCAGCAAACGUUACUGUGGAGCUCAAAGAGAUCGCUCACCCACCUUCAGCCUUCACAAUGACAUACAUAUCUUCUCUCACUGAGCAAUUAUGCAAGUCAACAGUAACUUACAGUAACUUAUAGGGACUCAACAGUAUCUUACUGUAACUCAAAAGUUACAUACAGUAACCCAAACUCCGACAAAUAACUUCUUGUCAUUCCUCAAUGGCUGAAGCCUUGUUAUCACAUUGCAACAAUAACUCUCAGAAAUAAAGAUACAAAAAUUGUCGCUGGGACAGUACCCUUUCAAAAGGUAAAACGAUUUUACCCAAAAAGUGCAUAUUAGUACUUCAAAGGUAAAUACUGGCAGUUUAAAGACACAUAUUUGUACCUAAAUGGUACAUAUUAGGACCUUUUUUAAAGGGUACUGCCCCAGUGACAGAUUUGUACCUUUAUUUUUGACAGUGUAGCUCAACACCAAACCAUUAUUACCAAUGUCUGUUCUCUCAAACACUCAAUAUAUCGCCUUAUUUCCCAAAUAUUAGAGUAGCAUGGAAGGUUUCUGGCCUAUAAAGUAAAUGAAAUGGAUAUGUUUUCCCUCUUUAAGCUACUGUUUCCUAGAGGGUUUUUAUUAUCUGAUCUUUUCAGUAAAAAUAUUUUGGUGUAGUAUAUUUUGCCAUGUCAGGCCUACAACUAUUUUGUAUAGAAAAUUUGCACUUUAUUUCUCCCCGCAGGACCUGUUCUAUAAAUACUGUAGGAUAAAAACUUGCCUAGAUCACAUUUCAAAGCGAAUUCAAAUGAAUAUAUAUUUCACGUGAAAUAAUUGCAAAUGUUUCAAGAAAAAUUAAGAUUUUGUAUAUUGUGACAUUAUUUUUGGCCCAUUUAUUUUCACCCUGAAUUUCUUGAAAUUAAUUUUUAAGUAUAGUCAACUUAGAUUUACUUUACUAUUUUCUAUCUUGACUAGUGAUAAGUUACUGUGUCUUAUAAAAUAAACUUCAAUUACCUUAACUUAUUUCAAUUUCAUUUUGUAAAUUACAGAAACUUAUUACUAGUAAAAAAAAAGUAGAAAAGACUUAUAAAUAUAAGUUGACUAUACUUAUAAAAAUAAAAAGGCAACCAGAAUUUGCAGCGUUUUUGUAAACACUGUAAAAAAUCCUUGUGGCACUUUUUUAAUUUUUAAGUUUAAUAAACUUGUAUUUACAAUUCAUUUAAACUUUCUUGACUAGUGAGGAGUUGUUAUAAAUUUUCAAAAUAAAUUUGAAUGAGUUUGUUAUUUAAACUUUUUUUUAUUAUUAUUAUAGCAACUAAAAAGUUGAAAUGAAUGUUAUUUCAAAUUGAUUAAACAUAUUUUUUUACAGCGUAUACACUAUUUCAUUAUGCCAUAACAGUAGAGAGAAUAAGAUGUUUUUAUGAAAUUACAGUAAUAAGAAUUGGAGAAACUGAAUAAUUUUUAUGAAAAUAAUGUCACAAUACAAAUGUUGUGGUCUUAAUUAUUUUAAGUUCAAUUUUUUAAGUAAAAUAUAACCUGGACAUGUUCUUGGCAGGUUUUUAUCAAAUUCAUCUGAUUUUUCAAAGCUAUUUUCCGGAUAUAAUCUUACAGUUAUUUCACAAAUCAAUUAAGCCCAUGUCUCAUAGCUUUCCACUUCGAUUUAUUUAUUCCAGUGCUUUGAAUUUCAAAGUGUUCAAUUGCAUUUUGCUUUAGAUGAGUGACUACCUAUCAUUGUUGAUGGGUUAGAGAAUGCACUAGAUUGCUAUAACUAAGGACAUGUGAUUAUGUUACAAAAGAUUUAGCAUUGAGUGAGUUACCAAAUUGUUUUUAUCUAAUAUUUUUGGUUCUAAGCUAAUAUAUUUUCUGUGUAUUCUUUAAACUGCUGAGUUUGUACUCAUAUGCUAGAUGUCUUUCCCAAUUUUCUGUGUGUCUGAAUGUAUAUGAAGGGAAAAUGCAGGACAUAGACAGUAUGUUUUAGCACGGUAGUGCAUAAAUAGGAAAGCAGAGACUAUGAAUUGUUUUGUUCUUGUACAGUGUAUAGGCUUCACUAUUAUGUGGAGUGACUCUUUUAAGACUGCUUCAUUUUUCGGGGCAUACGUUAAUUUCUAGACGCUCUCUUAUAUUGGAGUGAACAGCUAUUUGUAUAGUUAUGGUAUCUGAUGAGGCUCAAAAAAUAAACAUUUUCAGAAAAAA